AUUAUUUGAUAUGGAAAAUCAAGGUUAUUUAUGGAUACAGGAAUAAUAUGUCAGAAGAUGGGGAACUUCCUCCGAAUCAUGCUGAGUAUCUUGGGAAACUGGAAGAUAAUCGCGGGUUUGUAAUUGAUGCAAUUGAUCGGAGCUGACCUGGGAGACGGGGGGCGGCAGGAGAUGGGAUGCCUUGAGACACAACACAGCACGACAUCUUGAUUGAGCACAACAUAUCUCGCUCUUAUUUUAUGGGUGCUUGGUACGAUAAGUAGAAAGGUGAUGGCGAGUACCCGUAAAACUCCAAUCCCCUUAUUUCAAUGGAAUCUCCUACUGACUACUAUAGUUCUCAAAUAUCAAAUCAAAAUUCGAUUCAAGAACAAAGAAAGCCCCCUCGAUGACUUGGGAAACCUCUCAUCCUUUUACGGUCAUGCGGCUGAAGAAUCCCCUUUCCGACCCACAAAAACCCCUCGCUUAGUCCGUGUGAUUGGCUCCCUUUCCGUGUGUGGCGUACAGCAAUAUUGCUCCUGUACAUGGUUUACGAUCGUCCAACACACCCAAAAGCAAGCUCUCAAAAUAGAAUUAAAUCCCACCCACAGAGCAGGCAGCAUUUGAUGCCAAGCACGUCUGUCACUGGCAGGUUCACGCCUUUCUUGGUCCAGAGCUCAGCCCUUUAGCUUCCGUACCCAAUAACUGGGGCUGUACGGCGAGGCCUUUGGGAGAUGAGUUUAAGAGGGAGUACAGUUUCCCGUGUUCAAAAUGAAGGGCGUCGCCGGUUUAUUUAUUGGGUGAAGUACUGACUACUGAAACUUUUGAAUCUUCUUUUCUAUUUGGAUUUUGUGAGUGUUGGUUUUUCACUUCGUCAAUUGAUUCUACAUCAAAGAAAUUGUGAAAUAAUGGCUGCUACUUGGGAUCAAAAGCGUGAGUUUGGAAUAUUUGCCUAGUUGAAAGCUAUUGAAAUGCUAAAUUGUGAACAGCUGUGCCAGAGUACCCUGCUCAACCUCCACCAGGGGCUCCACCAGCUCAACUUCCCACACCGAGUCCUAUUCAGUACCAGCAAACUGGCCAAGCGUGAGUUUUUCUCGAUUCUUUAGUCUUCUCUCCGCAUUAUUUGAGAGAUCCUAUCUUCCCUCCAACCGCAAGAUCUUGCCUUCUAUUUUCAGCAAUUCCACAUCUCCACAAUCUACCUCCACAAACUUCAUAAAACUAACAUCUACUCCUCGUAUCAGACAACAAUACUUUCAAGAACAACCCGGCCAACAUCCACAAAUGCAACAAACCAGCCCCCAAGGAAUUCCCCAACAACCACAAGUGGUAUACAUGCAGCAAUCCCCAGGUGUCCCAGGACAACCAGGUCAUCCACAAAGCAUACCUAUGCAACAAACAUCUCCCGCUACCCAUGGCGCACAACCACAACACGGCGCACAACCCGGAGGGGCUCCUGGGAGAACAUUUCAGAACGUGACACCACUUGCGAGUUUAGGACGUAGUCCGGCGCCGGUGGAUUGCCCUGCUUGCGGACAGAGAAGUAUGACUAGGAUUGCGUUUUUGGCGGGGAACUAUACACAGUACGUUUUACCCAUAACCCUCGUUUGAAGACGCGGUGAGUUCGUCUCGCUAAUUGUUGUUUAGUGGAUGGGCGGUUGGACUUUGCUGCUUGACUUGGUUCUUUUGCUGGGUGCCGUAUGUGGUUGAUGGGUUUAAGAACGUGGAUCAUAGUUGUGGGAGUUGUGGUGUGUUGCUUGCUACGUGGCAUAGAAGUGGUGGGGUUGAUGUUCAUCAGCAUCAGUAGAUGUCUCGCUUAUUUUUAGGUUUGGCUCGGCGGGCAUCGAUAAUGAGGAGACGAGGCGAAUUUUGGGAUUCGAAAGAGGAGUGAGGGUAUAUUGUUUGAUAUAGGGGUUUGAUUAUACUUGGAUA